CUCCGCUCCAGACGCCAUGGACGAUGAUUGGGAUGCCCUCGGUGGACCAGUUGAAAACACCCAGCCCCCACCGGCAGAAAAUGCAGAUCCGUUUGGAGCUGAUGAUGCGUUCGGUGGAGAAGAUUUAGUUGGCACCAACGAUGGUUUUGGGGACGAGUCACAGCCAGCUGCUGCUCCUUCCGAGGAUGUUUUUGGAGGAGGUGAUGCUCCGGAAGGAGAUAAUGGCCUUCUUGGAGACGAUUUUGGUGAAGAGGCCCAACCCAGCAAUGCUGUUCCAGUCGCCAUGGACGAUGAUGGUCUUCUUGGGGCCCCUACCAGUGGCAGCAACAUGGACAUGUUCGAUUCUUCUCCAGCUCCUCAGUCCUCUGGGUUCUCGAAUCCUGCACCUGUGCAUGAAGACAACUCAAUCCUCGAGGCUUGGGAGGCAGAGAAUCGAGUGAAGCUUCAGAAGAGGAGGGAAGAAGCCCUUGCAAAGAAGUCAGCUCAGAUGGAGCAUGCCAAGAAACAGAUCGAUGAGCACGAAAACAAGCGCAAGUCAAUGAUGGAUUCCAACCAGAAGAAGAAUCAAAGUGAUGAGCUCGAAUUUGUGAAGAACCGUGAUGCUGCUUUGAAGGCUGGUCUUGCUGGCAAGGACUCAUGGGACAAGGUUUGUACCUAUUUGGACUUGAGCUCGGAUCCAAAGAGGAACAACUUGAUCUCUCGCAUGAAGUCCGUGUUGAUCGCUGUGAAGACCAACCCUCCUGCAACUGCAAAGAACUUUGGUGCUUAGACAUGUUCAUUGCGCUGGUUGCAUGUCGGCAAGUCUUACAGAUCGUGUGGAUAUUGCCGGGGCACGGAAGGCGCAGAAAAUCAUUGGCGUAAUAGUGCUUCGUUUCUAAUUAGAUUUGCCGUUCCAUUUC